UGACAGGUUACCAUAGUCUGAAGCUAUAUUUGUAUUGGAUGAGUCUGCUAAUUUUGUGCCAUAGGCUAGACCUACAGAGAACCUAAUUGUGACCUAGGUUGUAGAACUGCAGGAAGAUUUUUUCUGUCUCUCUGGAUGUCUCUUGACUGAACUACCAUCCCUUGCCCGAAGCUGGACUGUCCGUUUAUGCACAUUUCUGUCAAAUUGGCAAUUUGAUCCAUUGGACUUGUUGGCUAUAGAAAAAGUUGUUCAUCAGUGCUUGUUGACUGUCUUAAUGAAGAAGUAGAGCAUACAGUGCAGUGCCAAACUAGAUUUUAGAAAAGUUUGUGAAGAACACCAACAUGGGUCAAGGAGACAGUAAAGAAUCUGGUCGAAUGAAAUACUACAAAUCCCUAGGGAUGAGCGCUGCUGCCCAGGCAGAUGACGGCACUCUCAGGGUUCACACACCUCGUAUACUACAGCGUUACCAUCAGCAAGAACCGAGGACACAUCCUGAAUGGGAAUCCAUUCCUUCUAUUGUAGUCACGGAUGAGUUCACACAUCCCAGGGAGAUGACAGAAAUGGAGGCAGGGGGAGUUACAGAGGAAGUGAGCACAAAUGAACCACUGGCUGAAAGUGCUGAGAAAACUUGGAGUCCUGAACAGGAUUUAAGCGACAGUGAUUUGGAGGAGAGCAUAAAGGAGAAAAUGGAGAUUGGGCAAGAUAAUGUAGAAACAGCUCAUUUAAUUGAAACUAUCACAACUAGUUCAGUGGACACCGUAGACAUAAAGGAAGGAAGUAAACAAGACAAACCAGAUUUAAUCAGGAGACUUUCUAGCAAAAGCCGUAAAAGAUCAUCCAUGAAGAAUAAAGAAAAUGCUCCAAAGAGAGGUAGACUGAGCAAAAAGAAGCGGCAUGCGUCCAAGGAGGACAUAUGGCAAGAAUGUAUGGACGAGUACUCCAUUAAAUUUCUCAGAGAUUCUAAAAAGAAAAAAGCCUCUUCAAAAAAUACUCCAGCACCAAAGAAAUUAGAUGAUUCCAGGUAUGAUGACAUGCAUGCCAUGUUUGCCAAAACCCUGCCAAUGCCUCUGAAAACAACCCCUCUUGGUUAUGCCUCUGUAAAAGAUGUAGAUGAAUCUAGAGAACACAAUGAAUCUUCAGUUCAAAACUGGGUGACAUUACGAAAAGUUGACAAAGAUCAUAUAGCCUCUGGUUCAAAGCAAAGAGGAGAAGAGCUUGUGAAAAAUAUUCACGUACCCUUAAGACGUAUUUCUGAUAAUAUGAUACAAAACAAAGAAAUAAAAGAGUGGAGAUACAGUGAACCUGUGCAGGUAGAUUUCAGAAAUGUCUUAAGGUCGACGUCUCCUCGCUCACCAUCGUCUCCUGAUUCACCACACAGUAAAACUGAGUUUUUUGGUGAAGAUAAGGCCUUUGAUACUUCAGUGAACCAUGAUACCACUAUUCUGGAGUCUUCAUCAGCUUCUUUACCUGUUGAACCAUAUGCCAUUGUUGAUGUGCAGUCGAAUAAAUCUCAGGAAGAAUCUGGACAGUCGUUUAUGAGACCCAACAGACUGGAUAUUGGUCAAGAGGUCUACCAUGAUACCACAGUGCAUGAUCUUAAGAUGUCAACUGAUCCAGAAGUCAGAGCUAGAUACAUUGUGGACCAGGGUAUAGAGACACCUACAAGCAGGGAAUAUAUUGAAUUGACCAACCAGACUUAUAAGGAAUCAUUUUCUUCUGAUGGCAAUGCAAAAAGUAAACAGCAAAACAGAAAAGAUCAGAACAUGUUUGGGUCUUCUUUACAGAAAGGUGUAGAGAGGUCACCUUCGGUGGAAUACAUGGAGUUGGAAGCACAGACUGUUACUGAUACAACAAAGGGUAAUAAAAAUCUUUCACAUGCCAGAGAAGCAAACAUGGACACUGAUUAUUACACUUCACAUCACAGCAUUCUGACUAGGGAUGAGGUCAUUAGCAGAGAAUCAAAGGCUUCAAAUGAUCAGUGGAACAUAAGGAAAGGUAUAGCCAUUUCCACUGACAAGGUUACUGUUGUUGAAGAUCAAAGAAGUUCUAACACAGGGAUCUUAACCAAUAAAUUUGGCACCAAAGCAGAUACUGAAUUAGUGAAGCAAACUAAUCACAUUCAGCAAGAGGAUUUGGUUCCAGUUUUAGUUUCUGACAAAGAGUUAUCAACCAACCAGCUGGAUAAGAAAGAGAGUUUUAAACACAUAGGCAAAACUUCAGAAAUGACAGUGACAAAACUGUCUUCUGCUUCUGAAAGUGAGUCACCAGAGGUAUCAAGAAAACAUCCUCUAGGAGACACUAGAGACCAGCUUGCCAUCAGUCAAAGAUCUGUCUGGCAACAUAAUAAAGAAAACACCCAACAAGCAGACCGAGUCAUCUCUCCUGAAUCUCAAGCAGCCACAGAUAUCAGUGCCAGUUUGUAUCACUCGAGUCUAGUUGAAUCAGAAAUAGAUAUUCCCUCAGGAUCUACAAGUCCCAGUACAAGAACACCUUCACCUACGCUGGAGGAACAUAUGAGACCUUCUUCUGAUAUCCAGUCAUCUGCCUUGGGCAAAUAUGAAGAUAUUGUCACUCCUUUAGCUUCAGAGAACAACUUGGUGUAUGAUGAUGCACAUCAAGUAUUUAUUGAGAAACAGUGGGACACUGCCAUAAGUAGCAACCACCAGACCUUUCCAGUGUCAGGGCAAAUAAGGAGCAGCACAGGUCACACAGCACUGGAAGCAGUUCCAGAGAAGGUCAAUGUGUCAAAUGUUUCUAAUUCUGAGAAGCAGCAAGAGUACACUGAAAAAGAGUUUCAGAACUAUACUAUUGAAGAUGUUUCUAACUCAAAGGUUGACUCACAUGCUUUUUUAAGCAGUAGAGAAAUGCAAAGCAACAUUUUUCCCAUAGUAAAAGUGAACAAUACUGGUGGACAUGAUGAGAGUGGACAUGCUUUUACAAAGUUAAAGGUAAAUAGAGAUGAUUCUAAUUGGACAAUGUACAACCCCAACACAUCUAAUACAAAAAGAUUUGGAAAUGUUCUGACAGGGACACCUUCAAGAUAUGUAUCUACACAGCAGUCAAGUAGAAGGUAUGGCACCUCUCCAUAUUUCUGGAAGGAAAGUGGACAUCAAGGUGCCUCUUUCUCAGGUGACCAACAUUUUGUAAGGAGCUAUACUGAUGGAGGUGUUAAAGUAACUAAAUACAGACACUCAGAGCAUGAUGAAGUAAAACCAGGACAAAUUGAAGAAUUAGCAAAACAACAUUUUCAGUCAAAUAUGAAGAUGUUCUCUGAAAAACUUGUGCCUGCCUCUCCCAGAAUUCAAGAAAACAUAAAUGUUCACAAAAAAGUGGAAUCUGUUCCAGAAGUACAAAUGGAAUCGGUUGAUGAAGUAUCCAUGACAGCACAUGGUAGUGUGAACUUGCAAGCUCCUAGUGGAAAUGGACCAAAAUUACCAAAGGCAAAUGUGACAACACAAGAGCAUUUUUUACCCUCUGUGGUUGUUGAUGAAUCUAACAUCUAUAUGGAAGUACUCCCAGCAGAAGAUAACACAGCCAGCAAUUCCUAUAAGACUUCAACUUACCUUAGGUCAGGAGAUCAGAGUGAAGGAAAAACUGACCUUCAAGAUGAGAUUAUUACUACAAGGAAGAUAAAAGUACACAGUGACUCCGGAAGCCAUGCUAGAGCAAACCCCAAUAUUCUGCAGGAUAUGAGUGCUGUUGAGGAAACUAUGUCAAUUGAUGACAGGAUUGAUUCUUAUUUUAAGGACAUUGAUACAAAAAGCAGCCAUGCUAUAAAAUCUGUUAAAGAGGCCCAUGAUAACCCAGAUGGAAACCAAAGACAAAUAACAAAGCUAAAGGUUAUCAGGCACAAUGAGAAAAGCACAGGAAGACCAGCUGGAUUGGAGAGACAGCAGCCUGCAGAGUCAGUCAUUAGUAAAGUCACCUCUUGGAUGAAAGGUAGGGACAGAGAGUCAGAGAGUACUGUAGUGCGAGAGGAACAUAAGCCAGAUAUUAAUAAAAGGUUUAGAGAAGAGAUUUACAUUGAAAAUGAAGCCCCUGAAAAUUUUGGUAUAGCUACUCAAGAUACGGAUAAUGAGGGCAGGUCUAAGCCAGAAAUUAUCUCCAAAUCUACAACAGAAGGGAUACAUAUGGAGAAAAUAGUUCCAGAAAUUAAUCAAACAUCUACUGAAAAGAUGGACAUAGAAACCCAAAGAAAGGUAGAUAUCAACAGGUCAACAGCAGAAAUUCAUCUUGAGAAAGGAUCACCAAAAGCGAAAGAAAGAUCUGAGAAGGACAUAGAAAGUAGAGCAAGGUCAGAUAGUAGCAAAGCAUUUAGAGAAGAGGGACUCAUGCCAAACAGAGUACCAGAAAAACAAACAUUAACAAAAGAAAUUUAUAUUGAAAAGAAAAUAAUGCCUGGAUACAUCGGUGAUGCAAAGAACCGUGAUUUUCUUGCAAGGGAAGGGGUUGCUGUAAGUCAAGAAUAUGAUGAAGUAACCAUAGAUAGAACAAUCACAAAAGAACUGGUUGAUGUGGAAAAUGAUAUGACUGAUGAGUCUGAAACUUUUGAAAGUACUUCUGAUAUAAUAGGUACCAUAUUUGACAAAAUUGGUGGGCGUAAGUCCAAAAUGAAUUCGGCAAUGGAUGAAGUGAGUGGCAGUGAAAAGAAAAAUACAGCAAUUGAUGGAGUUCCUGAUGAAAUACAUCAUUCGAAAAAAAGUGAUUCAGAUGACAGUGAAACAUUACAAACAGAUAGGCCAUUAAACAAAGCACAGGCCCCCAAAGUGCCAAAGAAGGCAGAAAAUAUUAAAAUGGACAAGCAAGAUGACAAAAUGGCACAAAAGAAAAAAGAAGAAAAAGAUGGCAAAAGUCCUCACUGGGAAACUCCCACUUUUUCAGCAGGAGAUAAAAAUCCAAAAACAAAUAACUCAAAUAGUCCUAAUAGAAAGUUUCACCCAGAGACACAUCUACCUAGGACACAUGAUUCUCUAAAUUUCAGUGAAGCUAAAGGAGACUUCACUGUUCCAGUGGACAAUACAAAGUCACACCCAUCUGCCAGACAGCCUGUGACAAGACCAAGGCCUCAUUUUAAAAGAGCUUAUGUACAAGGUUAUCAACCAAGAUCUUUUACAAAUACCACCUUUGAGACCAAUGUGGACCCAUAUGAAGAUAAGUCAUAUUUAUCACCUUAUUCUAAAAUGCUUAAGGCAAAGAUAGAUGAAAUGAAAAAUGCAACCAUACAUGUUGACCUAUCUGUUGAUAGAACCCAAGGUGUGGGUGAAAUGCCAACUAAGGUGGACCCUUCAGUGGUGCGUGACCAGGACAUUACCCAAGAUACCAGUGCCACAGCCACAGCCUACAUAGGUGGUGAACCAAGAACAGUCACUGUUUCUAUGCUUGAGGAAGUUUUCUUUUGGAAGAAAAAGGAGCCAGAAAAAGCUGAAAUCACCACUGUUUCAGAAUCAGUCACCACCAGAAAUGAAACAGCCCAUAUUAAUACCAUGAAAGAAGAAAUGUAUGUUGAAACUACUGAGAAUAAAGAUGAUAAUGUUGUGCCGUUUGGUCCUGGGAAAAAGUUGGAACCCCAUAGAAGCUGUUACAACAUUAAGUGAACCUAAUUUUUCCACUGAGAAGAAUGUAUCUCUUCAGAAAGUAUACAAUGUAGAACUGCAGAAGAUUCCUACAGAAGAAGUGCAUGAAAAACCAGAAUUGCCAACAAGAAAAGAAAAGAAUGUGACUCCAGUUGAUUUGGGAACAGCCCAGAUGCAAGCAAAGGAACCAAUCCAAGAGAUAGUUAUGGAUGAUGAUAUUGUAGCAGAGAAGGUUAAACCCAGAGACUUUAAAAUCAGAUGGCCUGAAGUUGAUGAAAGUGAUGGAGAGAAGCAGCAAGUUGCCAGUAGUACCAUUGACAUGAAGGAGGUUCUAGAGAAACCAGUUACAGGUGUGAAAACUAAUGUGAAUGAAAUUAUACUACAGAAACCCGUUGAAGAGGAACCAGUAAAAGCUCAUGCAGAGACAAGCAAACCCAAGAGGAAAUUAGUUAGUGAGGGAACGUCAAUGACAGGUGGGAUUACUUCCAAAGAAGAGAUUAGUAUGACAGACCCAAUACCUAAAGAGAAACCCGAAGAGGAGCAGGAAGUUGGAGCUCACAUUGAAGAUUAUGAAGCAGAGGAAGAAACCCAGGAGAUUGUAACCAAUCUUGAAAAUGAAUUUGAAGAGGAGGAAGACCAGGAAGCAACAGAGAGAUUUGAUGAUGAUUUUGAGCUUGAAUCACAGAGAUAUACACCUAUUGAGAAAGAACCAAGAUCAGAAGUACCAACUAUUGUUGCAGGUCUGACUGAAGAAGAAUCGGAUAAAAGUGAAAGAGAUUUUCCUAAAAUGACAUUUAGUAUGAUGUCAUUUGAUAUUAAGAAUAGUGCUUUAACAAGAUCUAAAGACUCUACAGACCCUUUAAGAAGCUCAGCUGGAACGCCUGACACUGUGAGGUCUGCCACAAUGGACUUUCGGCCUGAAAGCGCUGCUUCAUCAACUGCCUCAAGCAUUUUGUCUCCAGGAGCAGAAUCAUCCAGAAGUUUCACCUUUGUCAUUCCACCACAAGAUGCAAGGAACAGUCCCUCUGGAAAUGGCAUGACAAAUGUUUCUUUGACUAUUCCAAACCCACAAAAAGAUGGGCCAAAUAAUCAAUAUGUAGCUGUGAAGGAAACAACAGAGGAAAAGAUUGUCCAGGCUCUUGAUGAGCAUGGAAACCCACUGGCACCACCACAAAGAUCUGUGGAAACUUUAAGAACACUUUUUCAGUCUCCCCAGGAGCCCAACCCUAAUGGUGCCACAGCUUUAAAUAUAGAUUCAACUGGAUCUCUUACCACAGUUGCUCUUCCUUAUCUACCAGUUGGCAACAGAAAUAAUCAGCUAGAAGCCCCAGUGAAAGGAGACAUGCAAACCCACUCGAUGACAUUUAGACCAUUGUCACCGAAUGAGCAGGGUGUAAGUGGCUACACUUUUGAAGAGACUGUGGUUCGGGAGAAGCAGUUUUCUACAAAAAGUAUCAAAGACCCCAGUGGUCCCUACCCUGCUUUGCCCCCAGCUUCUGAAAGACCAACCAGCAGAGGCAGUACUGUACCACCUAAAUCACCAAUGUCACCUUUGCAAAAAGGUUCUGAUUCUGUGGAUCCUGUUUCACCUUCCUCUACUAUGUCAUCUGGUCCUACACAAUGGAGAGGUAGGGGUGAGGCAACAUCAAGGAGCCAAACUGGUUCUCCUAGAAGUGUAGUGCAGCAGGAAUCCCCAGAAGCAUUUUCCCCAUCAUCAACAAUGUCUUCAGGCACCUCUCUGCAGAAAGAAAGAGGCCAGCCACCAGUAAGGAGGUACCAAACUGGGUCUCCAGCAAGAGGGAGGGAUUCUCCAAGCAGACCUUAUUCCCCUUCAGAAAACCGCCUUUCACAACAGCAGCAGUCCACUAAGGGUAGACAUAUGUACCAACAGUCUGUGUCUUCAAGAACUAUUUCAGCAUCUUCCCCAUCUGAAUACCAGGUAUUUGUGAAGGGGCAUGGACCUGGGGGGAGACAAAGUCCGCCCGCAAAGCAUAAUCAAUCACUGAAUAGAUUUCAUAAAGAUCCUAAUCAACUAAGAAGGCAGAGCAACAGUGCAUCCCAAAGUCAUAGUUCCAAUCAGACCUUCUCCAUGCAGAGACAUUUGAGAAAAGGGCAAGUUUUUCAUGACCAGAGAAGUAGUAUGGUUGCAGGAGCCACACAUGAAGAAAAUGUUGAUAGAAGUAGUCUUGGUAGACAUCCUGUAAGAUCUGGUAAGGGGAAGUGGACCAGUACACCAAUGGGCAAUAUCUAAGAUUUAAUCACAGCUUAAUAUAUUUUAGUACAUUUUAUCAGAGAAUUGAUUAUUAUUAUUAUUAUUAUU